CUUCUUCCGUUCGGAUUCUGUUGUAACGGCUACGCGUUGUCAACACCGCGAUGAGCAACUAUUGGGGCUUACUCGUAGGUUAAUUAGAUCCGAAUAAGCAUUUUCUUUUAGACGCCUUGCUUUCCUGACAAACGCGUCGGGCUCGACGGGGAGCGGAGCCCGCUGUCCAAUCCAGAGGUUUACUUCGCGCGGUGGGGGAAUCGCAGCCAUGAUGGCGUCCAGCUACAGCGCCAAGGAGGAGGACGGACACCACUCGGGUGCUCCGGGCCACGGUGGAAACGGAGGUGUCAAGAGCAAGAAGCCGGACAACACUGCCUUCAAACAGCAGAGACUGCCCGCCUGGCAACCGAUCCUGACCGCGGGGACGGUCCUACCGGCCUUCUUCGUCAUCGGGCUCCUCUUCAUUCCCAUCGGCAUUGGCCUGUACGUCACGUCCAAUAACAUCAAGGAGUUCGAGAUUGAUUACACCGGUGUGGAAACGACAAGUCCGUGCUACAAUUGUGCUCAGAACUUCAGCUGGAACAGCACAGCGCUGUGCAGCUGUUCUGUUCCUUUUACCUUGGAACAACCAUUUGAGAGCAAUGUCUUUAUGUACUACGGCUUGUCUAACUUCUAUCAAAACCACAGACGCUAUGUGAAGUCCAGGGACGACAGCCAAUUAAAUGGUGAUAAGUCAUCUUUGAAGAACCCAAGCAAGGAAUGUGAGCCAUACCGCACGAGUGAUGGAUUGCCUAUUGCUCCAUGUGGGGCUAUUGCCAAUAGUCUUUUCAAUGACACUCUGGAUUUGUAUUAUAUUGAUUCCAAUGAUACCAAAACUCCCAUUCCUCUGGUUAAGAAGGGCAUCGCCUGGUGGACAGACAAACACGUGAAGUUCCGUAAUCCCAGUGGGAGCAGCAAUAACCUCACCGCUGCUUUCCAAGGUACAGCCAAGCCAGUGAACUGGAGGAAAGCAGUAUAUGAGUUGGACCCCUCAGAUUCCGACAACAACGGGUUCAUAAAUGAGGAUUUUAUUGUGUGGAUGCGCACAGCCGCCCUGCCCACUUUCCGCAAGCUCUACCGUAUCAUCCAGAAGAAGCCUAAUAUGGCCCCAACUCUGCCAAGUGGCAAAUAUGUCCUGGAAGUCACCUACAAUUAUCCCGUACGUAGCUUUGAAGGGCGGAAGCGUGUGAUCUUGAGCACCAUCUCCUGGAUGGGUGGCAAGAACCCUUUCCUUGGCAUUGCUUACAUCACCGUGGGCUCAGUCUGCUUUUUUUUGGGUGUAGUUCUACUCAUCAUCCACCACAAAUAUGACAACCGCAACAACAAUGCUGACAUUCCCAACUAAACGCAUUCUGAUCGAAGCUGCUCCCAAUUCUGCAUGCCUGUGCAAGCCUGUAAGGUCCCAUUUUGGACUGCUUGUUGAUAAUACCCUGAAUGCACUGGUCUUUGUAAAUGUCUGUUAUGUGUUUACAUUGUUGGCACAUAUGGUAACCAUCCCUCAGGUGAAGGUGCCAGUCCAGUAUUUGUUUAAAAUGGGACUGUUAAGGCAAACGAAAGAUCCUGGAGCUUUUGAAUUCUUUUUCUUUGUGCAUAUGGUAUAGCUUCAAGAGGGCUCCUAAGAAUGGGCCUCAUUCACCAGUCAUUCACACGCACAAAUUUGUUCUUACACACCCAUACAAUCUAUUUAUUUAUUUAUUUAUUUAUUUAUAUUUGGAGGGGGAUUCCCCCCCCCUUUUUUUCUCCCCAAUUGUAUCCGGCCAAUUACCCCACUCUUCCAAGCCGUCCCGGUCGCUGCUCCACCCCCCUCUGCUGAUCCGGGGAGGGCUGCAGACUACCACACAUCUCCUCCAAUACAUGUGGAGUCGCCAGCUGCUUCUCACCUGACAAUGAGGAGUCUCGUCAGGGGGACGUAGCACGUGGGAGGAUCACGCUAUUCCCCUCCAGUUCCCCUGAGCAGGCGCUCCAACCAACCAGAGGAAGUGCUAGUACAACGACCAGGACACAUACCCACAUCUGGCUGUCCUCCUGCGGACACGGCCAAUUGUAUCUUGUAGGGAUACCCGACCAAGCUGGAGGUAACACGGGGAUUCGAACUGGCGAUCCCCAUAUUAGUAGGCAACGGAAUAGCCCGCUGUGCUACCUGGACGCCCCCAUAGAUUUUUUUUUUAUAUAGUUUUCAAAAUUGUCUAACAUAAGCAAAGCCUAAUGGUUAUUUGUAAUUCCUUCCCCCUAACAUCUAUUGUCUUACAUCUUGCAAUGAUUAAUCACCCAGGCUUGCAAAGACAUCAGUGUUGCCCAACUGGUAUCUAAAUUCAGGAGUAACCCAAGUUCUACACUUGUCUCUGAGACAAACUUUAGGGCUUAAAAAAAAAAAUUCCAUGGGUGCGAAAGAACAAAUUUUUACGUACGAACGAUUGAUGAAUGAGGCCCAAUGUUAUUUGUGGUCUUCAAGAAUAUAAAUGUUGUUUUCUAUUUAUCUAUACAUGAUCAAAAUACAUGUUUUACUUUAGCAGUGCAUUGUGAAUGGCUUGAUUACUGAAGGAUGUAUCUAUUUUGAUAUUGAGUUUUGUCAAUAUUAUGUACUGUAACAUGUCCUGCUGAUGAAUGUAUCUUUGUGUUUCACUGACAUACCUCUGUGGUUGUUUUGGAUUGGCACAGUAUAGGCCGGAAUGCUUAUUUUUCAAAUUGCUUGUGUGUUGGUAAAUUCUAAAAGUUCCUCCUUUCUAACAAGUAUUUUACCCAUCAAAGCCAUAGACUACCAGUGAGUAGCUAUACCAAAAAAUGGGGAUAUGUUAGCUGCCCUAAGUACCGUUUGGUUUUGUUAAGCUUGGACCAUUCAGAAGAUUUUUCUUGGGAAUUAUUGACAUCCAGUUUCUCGUCUUAAAAAAAAAAAUCAAUGCUUACUAAUUCUGGAAAAACUACAUCCUUUAUUGUGUAAAUGAUCAGAUAGCCUCUCUGUGCUGAUAACGGCAAGGAAACCGUUGUAGAAACUUAAGUUGUUGUUUAUCUUGACCUAAUUAUUUACAUUUUCUUGGGAACACUGUUCUGUUGACCAAAUGAUAAAGCACUUUUCUAGGUGUCGCAUUUGUUGUGCUUCCCCUCCUCGCUUCAGUCCAUCCCCUUUAUACUCUUGUUCUCUUGGAUAACUAUUGAGUACGUCGGGUUUUAUAAGCUUUGUAGGGUCCUAUUAAAGAAGAGUUUGUCAGUCCAUUGGCGUCGUUUGUUUUGUG